UGAGAACAAGGGCUGUACAGCCCAGUUCAAAUGCCCAAACUGUCACGCUGGCCACUCAGCCUACUCCAAGGACUGCCCUGUGUGGAAACAGGAGGUUGCCGUGCAGGAGUACAAGGCAAGAAACGGAUGUACCUUUAGCCAGGCGAAAUCGGCUGUACUGGCCCUACCCAAGGGCCAAUUCGGCUUGAUAAAGACCUACGCCCAGGCUGUUGCUAAGAAAGGAAGAUCCAUAGCCACACAGACGGACACAUUGACCCCACCACCCCCUCCUCCUCCCCCAACUCAGAAGAAAACACCGCCAAAGAACACACCUCUGAAGAAACAAGAAAGCCCUGUUGUCAUGCUAAAGAACAGGUUCUCUGUGCUCGCUGAUGAGAGCAUGGAGACUGAGCAGCAUGUCAAAACCAAUACUCCGGGAGAACCCGGAGACAUCAUGUCUGACACAGGUUCUCCUCAGAGAACCCAGCCAGACACCCCAACCUCUACCGAGUUAGAGGUUGACCAACUCCCUAAGGGGAGAAAUCGAAGCGGAGAGGAUGCCCGAGAUGAGAGAGGAGGAAAUAACCUCCGCUCUAACCAGAGGGAUCUCCCUUCUCCAGAGAGAAAGACUUCCCCCAAAAGGGAGUUGUCCUCCUCUCCAUCCAAACCCAAGAAUAAAAAUACCAAGGUCACUGGAAUAAAGGGAAACCCCUCCGGGGGCCUCCCAAGGCCAAAUAGCUCCAAGUAGGUCAUCUAGAAUAAGCCAUGGAUUCCAGAAUUGUACAGUGGAAUUGUAGAGGCCUCAAGGCCAAUUACGAGGAAAUGCAGCUACUGAUGGACUCUGAGACUCCUGUAGCUGUCUGCUUACAGGAAAUAUUUCUGAAAGAUUGCAUCAGCUUCCGAAGCUACCGUGCUUACACCAAGAAUGUUGAGGAUGCAGAGAGAGCAUCAGGUGGAGUCUGUAUCCUUGUGAAGGAUAGCAUCCCCCAUGAGAGGGUAGAACUACAGACCACACUACAGGCCGUAGCAGCUAGGAUAACCCUUCACAAGUAUAUAGUCAAGCUAAAAUCCAACCCCACGAACCCUGCUUUUGACUCCAUAUUUAACCCCACAGAGGUAGAAUUAUACAAUCGAAGGCCUAACGUCAUACAGCCGUUGGGCCUUCGAAUGAGAGAACCCACCCAAAAUUUAACCCCACCCAUUGACCAAAUCUCUAAAAUAGAAACCCCUCAGAAUCCUCCUUGGCUAAUGAAUAAACCUAAAUUAAAUUUAUCCCUCCUUAAUUUCAAAAAAGAAAAUACAGACCCAAGCAUACUACAAGUCCACUUUAGGGAACUGCAGGAGAGCUACGGAGAUUGUGGCACCAUCUACACAGACGGAUCCAAAAUGGAGGGAAAGGUCGCGUGUGCCUGCUCCUUUCGGAACAAAACAAUCUCCCGUAGACUCCCCGAUGGCUGCUCCAUCUUUACGGCCGAAUUGCACGCAAUAUUGCUUGCACUUAUGGCCGUAAAAGCAUCAGAAAGGAGGAAAUUUAUAAUCUGCUCCGACUCCAAAUCUGCUUUGCAAGCUUUGGGGCGAAUGAAGACUGACAUCCCAUUGGUACAUAAGAGCCUGAAGCUGUUGGACCUAAUAACAGCCGACCGUAGGGAUGUCACCUUCAUCUGGGUCCCCUCCCAUGUUGGCAUUGAGGGAAACGAAGCCGCAGACAGAGAAGCAAAGAGAGCCCUAAAUCAUGCGGUGUCAGGAAUUCCCUGCUCGGACCUGAGACAAAGUAUUGCCUCUGCCACCUAUCGAGAGUGGCAGAACCGAUGGGAGGCUGAGACUCACAGUAAACUCAGGCAGAUUGUGGCGGAUGUCAGGUGGCGGCCCACAUCUAAGGGUCUGACAAGGCGUGGUAGCACAACCAUGUCCAGACUUAGGAUUGGCCACACCUACAUCACGCACUCUUUUGUACUGAAGAGAGAGGAGCCCCCACUUUGCGAGUACUGUGACUCUCGCCUCACCGUGGAACAUAUCCUCGUUGAUUGCCCCAGAUACCAGGAUGUCAGGGCGAAAUAUUUUAGAGCCACUAAUCUAAAAACACUAUUUAAUAAUGUCGACCCUGGGAAGGUACUGGGCUUUAUUCGGGAAGUGGGGCUAUCUACGAAGAUCUGAUUUAUGAAUUUGUGAACAUGCACUAUUUACAUUAGAUUUUUACCAAAUAUUUAAAUUUGUACUACCUUUACUAUUUUAACUGUGAAUAGACCUUGAUUUUAAUUAUAUGACUGUAUAGAAUCUGGCCCUUGUUGUUUAGAGAGAGAGUAGUCCUUAAGGGACUGCAGGCACGACAUGGCCUAAAUUGUGCCGAUGUGCCUCAAAUCAACAAAUCAAAUCAAAUCAAACUGGCUGCAUUUAUAAAGAAUCCUUCCCAGGAAAACCUAAAGCUAUUCAGGAUAGCUAGAGCAAAGGCUAGAAAAACCAUACGGUCAGCCAAAAGGAAUUCCUGGAGAAGUUUUGUCGGCAGUCUGGAUGCCAAAACUUCUGCUAGAGCGCUUUGGAAGGCAUUAAGGCGAAUCAAAGGGAACCAAGGACGAAUUGUCACGUCCCCCAGAGAAAUAGCUGACUGCCUUGUAACCUCAAUAGCAGAAAAGUCAUCCACUGCACACUACACGCCAGAGUUCCAAAAAGUCAAAACCAGGGAGGAAAGACAUCCCAUUAAUUUCAGGUCAGAGAACAAUGAAGACUACAACAAACCGUUCUCGCUUGAGGAACUGAGGAAAUCGCUGGACAAGUCACAUGACACAGCGCCUGGAGAAGAUGAAAUACAUUACCAGCUCCUCAAGCACCUUCCCGAAUCCUCAUUGGCAGUCCUGCUAGGGGUCUAUAACUAAGUGUGGCAAACAGGCGCUUUCCCAAACAGCUGGAGGAAAGCCACAGUUAUACCGAUACCUAAACCGAGAAGAGACGGCUUUGACCCACCUAACUAUCGACCAAUAGCACUAACAAGCUGCAUCUGCAAAACCAUGGAAAGAAUGAUUAACAGUAGGCUGGUCUGGUACCUGGAGAAGAAUAAAGUGAUCUCCAACUACCAGUGCGGAUUCCGGCAGGGGCGGACAACAACUGACAACCUGGUAAAGCUGGAAGCUUAUAUUAGAAAUGCAUUACUCAGAAGAGAACAUCUAGUAGCUGUAUUCUUCGAUAUAGAAAAGGCCUAUGACACAAUCUGGAAACAUGGCAUUCUACGUGACCUGAAGCUUAUGGGGCUUAAGGGACACCUUCCCCGUUUUGUGGGGGAAUUCCUGAAAGAUCGAAAAUUUCAGGUUCGAGUGGGCAACUUCGCUUCUGACACUCAUGACCAGGAAAUGGGUGUACCCCAGGGCAGCAUUCUGUCAGUCCCCCUGUUCAACAUUAAAAUAAAUAGCAUCAUAAAUGCUCUGUCCACUGGCAUAGAGUGCUUUUUGUAUGUUGAUGACUUUGUCAUUUUUACUUAUGGGAAAAACAUGAACUUCUUAGAAAGAAAAUUACAGUUAUGUUUAAACAAAAUUCAAAAUUGGGCAAAACAGUGUGCAUUUUUUGUAAUUUAAGGGGACUCCACCUAGACCCUGAACUAUUUAUACACAAAAAGAAGAUCCCUGUCGUGAAAACUACAAAAGUUUUAGGCCUCACCUUAGAUUCCAAAUUUAAUUUUCUCCCCCACAUUAAGGAACUUAAGAAGAAAUGCCAAAAGUCAUUAAACAUACUUAAAGUACUCAGCCAUACUGACUGGGGAGCUGAGAUACCUUGCUGCUGCUAUAUCGGAGUCUAAUUCGAUCCAAGCUAGACUACGGAUCCAUAAUAUAUGGAGCAGCAAGGAAGUCUUAUCUAAAAAUACUGGAACCAAUACAAAAUGCUGCUAUGCGUCUCUGUCUCGGCGCGUUUUGUACAUCACCUAUCCCAAGUCUCCAUGUGGAGGCUGGAGAACUCCAUAUUUAACCCCACAGAGAUAGAAUUAUACAAUCGAAGGCCUAACGUCAUACAGCCGUUGGGCUUUCGAAUGAGAGAACCCAUCCAAAAUUUAACCCCACCCAUUGACCAAAUCUCCAAAAUAGAAGCCCUCAGAAUCCUCCUUGGCUAAUGAAUAAACCCAAAUUAAAUUUAUCCCUCCUUAAUUUCAAAAAAGAAAAUACAGACCCAAGCAUACUACAAGCCCACUUUAGGGAACUGCAGGAGAGCUACGAAGAUUGUGGCACCAUCUACACAGACGGAUCCAAAAUGGAUGGAAAGAUCGCGUGUGCCUGCUCCUUUCGGAACAAAACAAUCUCCCGUAGACUCCCCGAUGGCUGCUCCAUCUUUACGGCCAAAUCGCAUGCAAUAUCGCUUGCACUUAUGGCCGUUAAAGCAUCAGAAAGACCAAAUAACAGCCGACCAUAUGGAUGUCACCUUCCCAGUAAAUUGUUCCCCCGGCAAUCAAAUCAUUAAAUAAGAACAAUCUGGUAUAAACUUUGUCACAUGUAAUAUAUGAGUGAGUCUGGUGUGAAUGUACACUUUGGUUUCUUAUAGUUAUAAUGUUUUUUGUUUGGUGUAAUGCACAAAUUGUAAGACAAAUAUCCUUUCGGAUAAUAAA